GCCCCUUCUUCCUUUGUUCUCAAUUCCAACUAUUUCCCUCCUCUGCUCUCUCUCUCUCUCUCUCUCUCUCUCUCUCUCUCAAAAUAGAAAGAUUCAUCUUCCUUCCAUUGGCUGUGCACUAGUACUAGUCCUGGGUUAAAAUGUCAGGUAAAUCAAGCAAGCGGGUAAGUUUCAGUCCCGAUGUCCACGAGAAGCCUACCAUCUUCCUUAAACAUGGAGGCGGAACUAGAGCAGGUGUAAACAGGAAGAGGGUUGCCGGAAUCUUCACAUUUAGGCUGCCAAGAAGCUCAAAAUUUUCUCCGGGAAGACUACUAAGUCGGUUCAGUGCUAAGGUGGUUAGGGUUCUAAGAUUUGUGUCUACGAGAAGGAAGUCUUCGCGAAAGGUUUCUUCAGCCAGCUUGACAAGAUCAAGAUCACUUGCAGAUGCAAUAGACUCGCAGCGAGCUGAAGCUAUAGAAGACUGUAUCGAGUUCUUAAAUUCUUCAUCCUCUUUGCAAAGAUCAAACUCGUAUUCUACAUAUUCUUGCUAGAACCUUUUUUUUUUUUUUUUUUUUUUUGCAUUAAUCAUCAAACGGAGUAUGUAAAUGAAAGAAAUUAGCAAGUUUACGAUUCAUUGAUGAUUGAUCAUCAUAAA